GGAAUGUUCCACUGAUUUGGAGAGAGGCAAUUAUGAUACCCCUCAUAAAGCCUGGGAAAGACAGUUCUAAUGCCUCCAACUACAGACCAAUCAGCCUCACAAGUUGUCUCUGUAAAACAAUGGAGCGUAUCACCAACUUCAGACUACAGUGGUACAUUGAAAGUGAAAACAUCAUUACACCACAGCAGGCGGGCUUUAGAAAGUUCUAUUCUACGGAAGACCAGACAACAUACCUCUCCCAAGAAAUAGAGGAUGCUUUUCAAGAUAAGAAACUGGUACUCGCGGCAUGGAUAGAUUUAAGGAAAGCUUUUGAUAAGGUUUGGAAGGAGGGGCUUUUGAAGAAAUUGAGAAACUAUAAAAUUAAUGGAAAAAUGUACAAUUGGAUUAAAGCAUAUCUACAUAACAGAAGAGCCCGGGUACAGGUAGAUGGUUUUAAAAGUAAAAAAGUUCUACUGCGACAAGGCGUCCCUCAAGGUGGUGUCCUGUCGCCCACACUUUUCCUUUUAUUUAUCAACGAUCUG